GUACCAAUUUGAUCAAAAGUUGGCAUCGAUUAACAAUGUUCAACGUCAUAGGAUUAUUAAAACUAUGCGCUGUGAUGUUUCUAAGCCAUGUAGAUUGCUUUAUACAUCACCAUCUGGAUCUGGAAGGAUAUAUUUCUCAAUCGCAGGGGAUCGGUAAGAAUGAAAUUAAAAAUAUUCUACUACCAGUGGACCAUUGCGCCGCUGACUCGAGAACUUGGAACAUGACAUAUGUUCAAAAUUUAGAAUUUUGGAAGCCAAAUGGACCGAUAUAUAUAAACAUUGGUGGUCCAUAUCCAUAUAUAGUUCAUACCAAAAUUUUCAAGAAGGGAUUCUUUCUCUACGAUCUUGCCAAAGAAACCAAUGGGGCUUUGUUCGGUACAGAACACAGGUAUUACGGGAAAAAUACACCAUUGGACCUUACAAAGACAGAAAACCUAAAAUAUUUAAAUUCAGAACAAGCUCUUGGUGAUAUAGCAAUGUUAAUCAAAUACGUCAAGACAAUGUUGAAUGCUGAAAAUUCAAAAGUCGUUGUGGUUGGUGGCUCUAUGGACGGAAAUGCAGGGAAUUUGGCUGCAUGGAUGAGGCUGUUCUAUAGCGACUUCGUAGACGCAGCAGUCUCACUUAGUGGACCCGUUCUAGCUAAGGCAGACUUUAAAGAUUUCUAUGAAAUUGUUGGUGAAAAUUUUUUGAAAUACGGCACUCCGGGUUGUUACGACAAAAUAGCCAAACAGUUUACUACAUUCCAAACCCGACUUAGUACGCCGGAAGGUAUAAAACGGUUUAAAGAAGAACAUCUAAUAUGUCCUUCUGUCGAUAUGUCCAAGAAAGAAAAUCAGCAAGUAUUUUUCAACAAUUAUUUAAGUGCAUUCAAUAUAUUUACUUUUGAUGCUAUUGAUGGUGAUGCUUUCAAAGUUGCAUGCGAGAAUAUCAUUUUCAAAGAUAUCAGCUUUAAUUCUAAAUUACUCCAGUGGCAGAGUGAUUAUAUUGUGCAGGAUGGACACGGGUGUAUUAAUGAUGAUUUUGAUGUCAAGUUCAACACAUCAAUAAAAGAUCCUUGGUUGUACCAAAUGUGUACAGAAUUCGGAUCUUUCCCGAGCACAGAAGAAGGUAAGCAUCCUUUUACCAAUAGUUUACCAGUGGAAUACUACUACAAGGCAUGUGAAGUACAAUUUGGGCCCGAAUUUGGUAAAAAGAGAGUCGAAGACGGGGUUAAGGCUACAAAUCAAAUGUACGGAGGCCUUCAUCCAAACGUAACAAAAGUGGUCUUUGUGAAUGGCGAAUUCGAUCCUUACCGGAAACUUGGUGUCACAGAAAACUUGUCAGACGAUGCUCCGGCGUUCGUCAUUGCAAAUUCUGGCCGUGCUGUAAUGCUCUACGAUAAAGAUAGCAAGAACAAGGAGAUAAUAGAGGCUAAGAAAAAAGUGAAGACAUUGAUUAAAAAAUGGAUUGGUUUGUGAAAAUUUUGUAAAAAUGUUUAUAAUGGAAGAAUACUAACAAUGGAAAUUGCUUAAGCCUCGAUCACUAUGAAAUCUUGAUACCUAAUGGUUGCUCGUAGUUUAUAACGUAAUAAGAUGUUGCAAAUUUUGGACUGUUAAUAUAAUUUAAAGUUUACUCAGUCGCUAUACAGUUGAAAGUUUAGUACCUUUAUUGCAAGUUACGACGUUUUGAUUUUAUAUUGAAAU